AUGUGUUCAACACUGGACAUCCCUCAUUUCACAGGGUUGAGCUGUGCCGAGGCUACUCUCCUCCAUAUCAUCAUACCUUAUCAGAUGUUCAACAUAAAUUGUCUUCCCACAAAUAUUCGCAACAUAUGGGCAAUCCCAAAUGUCACAAUUGGAUUAGUCACAUUGAUCCUCAUCUCCGCUUAUCUAUACCUAUUCGGAACUGAGUACUGGACGGAGGUUUUGGGGGUCGUCAUGAACACCCUACAUAGUUUAAUUCUCGGCGGAAUUCUCAUACACAAUGGACACAUUGGCAAACAAAUGAGCAUAGUGGUGACCAGUCUUGUAGUCUGCAACACCGUUCAAGGUUUCACACUGUUCGUCCACAGCUGUUUGCUGAAGGAAAAAGGAUUGAAGAUGUUACCUUCUCUACACGCCUUGCGGAGGCGCCUCCAGAGACCAAAAGAAAGCGGUCCCUUAGGCAUAACGCAACAAAGCCACGUGGAUAUUCGUAAUCUAAAUCAGCAACCACUGCCAUCGUUCAGCGGCAGUACGCUUUUUCCCAGAGAAAGCCAUUCCAUCGAGUCACUAUCCUCAUUGGAACUCGAAGGACCCGAUGAAAGACUUCCCGUAAAGAAUAGAAAAGGUACAAGAACUCGGGAAAACGUGAAACGAUUACCCAAACAUUGA